AUUUCGAACAUGGUUUCAUCUAAUGAGACACGUUUGAUACUAAAUCAUGCCACUCGUUAUGAAUGGGAUAUGAUUUCGCGUGAUUUACUAAGUAGAAAAGACGAAAAGAAAAGCGUUGUCACGUGUGACGCGGCGGUGACGUCGCGGAGGGGGAAGUUGUUGUUGUUCUUGCUCGACUCUUGCAGCAGUGGAUCAGUAACCGGUGAAAGCAGAGUCUCUGGUCCCGGAAUAACGACAAUAAUGUGCCGAUGAGUCUCUCGUGUAGCUGAGGCUGUAGUUGAUGAAGGAAUGGAGGUGCUGGACAGUCCUCUCAAUCUCGCCCAUCAACAGUGCAGGAAAGCAGAGCGCUUGCUGGCCGCUGGGAAAUUUGAAGAUGCCAUCUCCUGCCACAGAAAAGCUGCAGAACUUCUCAAGGAGGCCAUGAAGCUCACCGAGUGUGAACAGGCUCGCUUGUCACUGGAGCUUCAGAGGGACAGUCACGUCAAGCAGCAGAGGCUGAUUGAGGAGCAAUGGAAGCGAGCAAAGCGAGAGGACAAGCCCAGAACACUCCAGCAUGUCCCCGCCUCGGACCAAACGCCACGCCGCCACCUAGAACCGGGCGGAACCGCCACGGACGUCUCCCAACCCUCUGAACGCGAGUAUGACACCUGGUUGUACCUCCUGAAGAACAAAGGCACUGUCCCAGAGCCCUGCGCAGGCACUAAAACCCAGAAAGAUGACAAAACCCGUCUGGAAGAGCAGCAGACCACCAUCGACGGUCUACGCAACCUGGUGGACCGACUGGUGUCCGAAAACGAGCAGCUGAAACUGGAGAACGAGCAGCUGCGGGCGGAGAACGCACGGCUGAAGAAGGAACCCUACGCUGAUGCCGACUUCGUGGAGCGGUCGGAGCUGUGGGUGCUUCCACAGACGGCCGAGGAGCGCAAGGCCAAGGACAUUCCCAUCCCACAGCUCCCUCCGCUGGAGAUGCCCACUCAGGAGAUCCCUCUGGAAGACCUGCCCGGCCUAGAGCUUCCUGAGGACAUCCAGCAGGAGCUGCAGGAGCUGUUGGACGGGAAGAAGCUGUGACCGCUCACACACCAAAGGGAGACUUCGAGCGCCAUCGCGUGCCAGCGAACACACCGAGGAAGCACAUUCACGGUGAAGCAGCCCAGCGGCGGAAAUGACGGUUCACGCGACCGAUUGGAUACACAAAGAAAGAAAACCACGCUUUUUGAAGUAUGUGUGCCUUUUUGAACAUUUCGAACGUGUUUUUUGUUAUGAAGUACGAGUGAAAAGGGACAUUCUGUGUUAUCAGACGUUUUAUCAGCAGGUGAAUUUGCCUCUUGCAAAAUCCCACUUUGAAUCGAAAACUAUUUCCUACACAGACACUGUGAACUACAUUCAUAAUGUGUGAGUGUGUGAGGGUUUUGUGCAGUAUCUGUUGAUCAGCACCAUCCAUGUUGAUGUUGUGGUUAUGCCGUUUCAGUCGUCUAUCAACAGCGCAGAUUUAGGGCAUAGAGGAAGCCAAGAGGCAUCAAUGCAAUUAGUUAUGCAUUCUGUUUCCGUACACUGAUAACCAGCUUGCAGCACUUGUUUUGCCUUAUUGCAAUUAGUACAAACCCCAGGCAUGAUGUCAUCUCUGGACGAUUUGUAGCAACCUGUAAAACGAAAACAGCUGUGGUUUAUUUUGAGACUGAACAUGAGUGAGUCUAUUGCAUUCGGAACGAUAAGCAAUAAUCAUGUCAAGUGCUACAGAAUCACUCAUUCAGUUGUUUCUCAUCUCCGCUGACUUCUCUGAAUUCCUGCUCCGCUGUGUCAGUCUUCAGACGCAAUGCCAACAGCAUAGGAAUGGACAUGUCCUGAAAGCUUCGCUCUUUGGACCUGUGUGAAGUCUGAAUGAACUGAGGAUGUUGUUUUGAAGUUUCGUUUGUACUGUACUCCUCAAUCAAGGAUUGUCUGAAUCACGGUGUUAAUAUUUUCAGGUAACUGAUUGCACAAUCAUACCUUGCUCUAACAAUAAACCAGGUCCUCACACUAAUCAAAAGCUUACCAACAUGUGCCAGACGCGCCUGGGAAGAGAUGAAUUUAUGGCUUAUAUUUGUGUCAUGAAGAGGGAACCAAAUCCACAUUUUGCUCUUUUUAUUAUUUUGUUUUUAGUUCAAUGUUUAAUUACUGGUUUAUCACAGUAAUCAGGGUGCAUCAGAUUGUUUUUUUUAUUUUAAAUUUUGUUUUGUGAUGUUAAAAAACAAUGAAAAUCAUAUGACAAAAGUGUUUUGAUGCAUGAAUGGCUGUUCUACGGUAGCUGUACGUAUGUAUGAUUAAGAUAUUGAAAACAAGAAUUUAUGUAUUAU